GUUUUCCUAGUCUUAACACAACAUGGUACCACACUGACAUUGUCAAACUCUAAAUUCAGAUUUGCCUGUUUUUACUGUAAAAACACAUUCAAAACUCUCCCCUCGAAAGGGAAUGCUGUAAUAUGGACUUUCCAGGUCACUUCCAGCACAUUUUUCAGCAGCUGAACGUCCAGCGGCUACAUGCUCAAAUGUGUGACUGUGUGGUGGAGGUAGGAGGCCACAAAUUCCAUGCACACCGGGCCAUACUGGCAGCAUGCAGCUCCCACUUCAAAGCUCUCAUCAGCUCCGGUGACGGCGCAGACAAUGCAAGCGGGAAAAGUGUUGCCAAAGUCAGAGGUCCCAGUUUGAUGGCGCUCGACCCAGAGGUGGUGACCCCCGAGGCCUUCUCUACACUGCUGGACAUGAUCUACACAUCCACUCUGUCGCUCAGAGCCUCCAACGUAAUGGAUGUGCUGCUGGCUGCCUCGCACCUCCACCUCAACUCCGUGGUCAAAGCCUGCAAGCUCCACCUGUCCAGAAAAAACUUCCCUGCCACAGCCCCAAAAGGGUGGCAGUCAGUCCAGCGCCGGGAGCAUCCAGCCUCUGUGGAGCUACUUGACGAGGAGGGUGUAGAGGUGAGCCAGUCCGGGGAAGAUUCCUUUGAGCAUAAGAGAAAAUCACAUGUGGACAGGCUGAAUGACAGAAAGAGGACCUGCAGAGCGCCAGGAGAUGAAGAAAGUUGUCCAAUCGUAACCCGAAGCACAGCCAACAGCGAGGAGCAAAGAAAGGAGCAGCUCUCUCCAGAUCGCUUAAAUACGGCGGUAAACAUCUGGGAGGGCCAAUUGGAUGAGGUGGAGGAAAAAUACGACAUAACCAUGAGUGACUCGGAAGAGAUUCAGCUGCCGAGUCAGUCAGACAGCAGCAUAGGCGGAGAGACUUCAGUCAAAGAUGAAGGCGAGCUCAAAGUGGAGACAGUGAGGAUAAAGAAAGAAAACAUGACCGCCUCAUCUCCUGACCUUUCUCCAUCGUCACCCUCAGAAGUAAACAAGGCAAACGGAGCUAUUGGCUGUUUCCAAUUCCAGUUAUGCUCAGAUCUUCCCGAAAAAGAGUGUGGAGAUGAGCGUGAGAGUGAGGGCACUGACAGCCUUUCUGAACUGGCCCUUUCCUGCUUCCUGAAUCCUGGUCAUGAUGGCGAGAUAGGAGACCUGGAAGAAGAAACGAGUCUCGCGAGUCUGACGACAGCUGCCACCAGUGAUGCGGCUGCAGGUGGUGCGGGUCCACUGUGUCAAAACUCAAACGCUUCAGAUUCAACUUUGGUUUUCCCGGUAACUUCUCUGCCUUUGCAACGUCUUCCCACUCAGGCUCCGGCUUUUAGCGACACACUCAUCCUACAGCCUCCAUGCAACUCCUUCACGACAUUCCCCGGCCUGGAGACUCAGAGGUCCUCGAAGGGACACGGGAGAUCAAGCGGAACGACUUUCCGUCGCAUCGCCCCCAAAGCGAUGCCAGUAUGCGAAGCCUCCGGAUCAGCCGGGCCCGAUAAAGCGCCUCUGACCAGAGCUUCCGAGGAAGUGAUGUCCAAGUGCAAGAAAGCAGCGUCUGAAGUCAACGUGCUUCUGGUGGAAGGUGACAAGAAGUAUGCCUGCAAAAUCUGCUGCAAGACGUUCAUGAGCUUGGCGGACUGUAAGAAGCAUAUUCGUGUCCACACGGGAGAAAAGCCUUAUCCUUGCCUCAAAUGUGGCAAACGCUUCAGCCAGUCAUCGCACUUGUACAAGCACUCCAAGAAUUGCGCCUGCUUGAACUGGAAGGACAAAAGUUCUUUCCAGGACACUCUGCAUGCUCUCUAGUGCGGUCAUUAUCCAACAUUUUUAGAAUUAUUUGAUCGAUAAAUUGGUUACAAUUUUAUUUGUGUUCAAAUGUAUUUAAACAAACAUUUUCCCCAACUGUUUAUGAACCUGUUAUUUCUGCAUAUUUGGUAUUUUGUGAUUAAAAAAACAAGUUAAAUAAUA